GGAAAAAAGAAUCAUGACUUUCUCGUCCACGCCCGAGUACGCGAAGGGGCUGAAGACCCUCCGGGUGUCCACGGACGAAAAGACCGGGGUCGCCAAGGUGGAGCUGAACCGGCCGAAGAAGCUGAACGCGUAUGAAAUGCAAAUAUGUCUGGGUCUGGAAGAGGACAAGUUUGUCAUGCACAUUUUCCAUGAUGCGUGAUGUCUGUGAUGCAUGCCUCAGCCUCACACAUUUUUUAAGCGCUUAUCGAUGCGCAGCGCGCAUGACAAAUGCCCUGCUCUCCGGGUAGCCAAAUUUGACUCCCCUUGAUGCUCAUGCAAUACAGAUGUUUUGAGCAUCCAGAUGCAGCAUCACAAGUUGCACUCGCCCAGACCCAGACAUAUUUGCAAUGCAUAAGGCGAUGGACAUCACCAUGUUUCAGGAGCUGAAGGAAGUUUUUCCCAAGCUCUGCACCGACGGGACAGUGCUCGUCAUCAUCCUCACCGCGGGCGACUCGAAGGUCUUUUGCUCGGGCAUCGAUCUGGAGGUAUUGACGUCACUCCAGCCGACGCACAUCGAGGAUGUCGGGAGAAAGUCGCUUUUCAUGAUGAACGCGAUAAUUAUGCGAUCCGAAUUUCACUUGUUCUCGCAUCUCAAGCCGCCGGCGUAACGUAAGUCUCAUAUGCGACACGAUCGCGCGCAUUGCAUUUUGAACCACAAAAAGUUAUGAUAUUCAUCGCGUUGCAAAACGCGCGGGACGAGCAAUGAUCUUCCACUCAUGUACUCCAUGUGCAGCUGUGUGAUCCACGCAUGACAAAUCUCCCGGCGAGAAGUGGGUGCGGGAACAACUGGACUUGUUCUCUUUGAUACUAAAAGAGAUGCAGGAAUCUUGCCGCGCGAUCCAGCUCUGCACGAAGCCGGUCAUUGGAGUCGCAUAUCAAAGGAAAAAAAGUGUUGUUUAUUUCUGUAGGUUUGUGUGCGUCUUGCAGUAGAACCACUCUGAAAAGCAAUUAUCACUUGUGAAUGUGCCACUGACAAAAGCAUGGCGUGAUUGUGUUUAUGACGUAGUACUGGUUUGCAUGCACCUCGAGUUUCGUCUGUCUUUCGCAAGGACAAAUUUUUGAUCUUGUUGCCACCCAUGAUCAAAAAAAAACACACCAACCUAAUUUUUCUUCCUGGAUAUCGUAGCGAAGCUGUGUAUCGGAGCGGGACUGGAAAUGUUUUCCGCCUGCGAUAUUCGGUAUUGCACCACCGACUGUAUUAUGCAUUGCAUAUAGGUCUGGCUCUGGAAGAAUGCGAUAUUUGUCAUGGUAGUCUGGCAUGACACUGAGCUCUGUAUUGCGCGACCAGUAAUAGGUCCUCUUGUUUGUCAUGCAGGAACGUUUCUCAUGCGGAACACGCGAAUACACAAAGCCACGGAAAAAUCCGUCAUGCUUGGCGGUGCAUGUUGACAGUGUGCUUUCUAUUCACUCGCCUGCAUCACACGUUUGUUCCAGGCCCAAACAUAUUUUUUGCACUUGAUAUGUAUCCUCUCGGUCCGGGAGCCAAGGAUGGGGCUGGCGGCUGAUGUAGGUAAAUCUGUGUUGCGUGAUUACCUAAAGCUGUGAUGCGUGAUUACCUAAAGCUGUGUUGCUGUGAAGAUGCGUGAUUUUUCCUUAAAGUUAUCGAAUUCCAGCUCGUGCGAUCUCAAAAGCGAGUAAGAAGAACAAGGCCGUGGGUGGGAGGCCGCUAAGUGGGUCCAUCAAAGAUUUUCGAGGAGCGCCGCGCGCCCCUACGUUAUCGCGCGCCACACCUAGCUGGUGUGGGCGUGCGUCGCGAAGAUAAUCGCGCGGGCUGCCGCUAGGCGGCCGGGCUGCGCCCAGGCUUUGCAGGCUAGCGAAGCCUUGGCUGAGAGGCUGGCAGACUAGCACCCAGGCUUUGCAGGCUAGCGAAGCCUGGGUGCCAGGCUGGCAGGCUAGCAAAGCCUGGGCGCCAGGCUGGCAGGCUAGCAAAGCCUGGGCGCCAGGCUGGCAGGCUAGCAAAGCCGGGGUGCCAGGCUGGCAGGCUAGCAAAGCCGGGGUGCCAGGCUGGCAGGCUAGCAAAGCCUGGGUCCCAGCAGGCUGGCAGGCUAGCAAAGCCUGGGUGCCAGCAGGCUGGCAGGCUAGCAAAGCCGGGGUUGCCAGCAGGCUGGCAGGCUAGCAAAGCCUGGGUUGCCAGCAGGCUGGCAGGCUAGCAAAGCCUGGGUUGCCAGGCUGGUAGCCAGGCUUCCUGGGUUGCUGGCUGGCAACCUAGCAUCUCAGAUAGAGAAUCUCUAUCCCAGAUAGAGAUUCUCUAUCCCAGAUGGAGAAUCUCUAUUUGGGAUGGAGAGUCUCUAUUUCGGCUUCGCCACUGGUGGAGGAGCUGCUGAAAUAUAGUAAAACACAUGUGGGAAAACAGUAAGAAACAGAAAAAGAAGAAAAAAGAAAGAAAGAAGAAGAAAAAAACUAUACUCUUUAUCGAGAAUUUCUAUUUUCCUCAGAGAAUCUCUAUUUCAAAUAGAGAUUCUCUGAGAUUUUCUAUUUCGAGAGCCUUUCGCCAGCUCGUGCGAUCUCAAAAGCGAGUAAGAAGAACAAGGCCCCCACAGAACAAGGCCCAAGAAAUCAAUGCGGGCAACUUUUGCGCCGCGUCAAUGCAUACGAUUUUUGAUGUGUAGUGACUCCUGUUCUGGAAGAGGAAGUGGAACACGCAUGACAACAAUUUUCUUAGUAUUCCUCCCGACCCAGAUCUUCGACAUUUGCAAUGCAUAAAAUGCGGGCAAUGGUGAUUUCAAAAUCUCUGAAAUUCUUUCCCGAAAUUCCUUUUCCCUCCCGAGCCUUCCACUUCUCGUCUCUCAAUCCUGAGUAAAAACGUCCCUGCCCCAGACUUGUCAUGCAAAUUUGCAUGCUCGCGACGUGUUCUUAUGCGGCCUUCCGUGAAAGCGGGAGGCAUUUUCCAGCAGUGUUCGGGAGGGUCAAGAAUCUGCCAUGCGCUAAUCAGGAUCACUCAGCGGAUUUGUGACGCGUCUGGAGUACUUCGCUUCUAGAAGGCACGACUACACUGCAUACUUAUACCCAAAGAACUUGUCAUGCGUGAGUCCCAAAUAAAGCCCUGGAUUUCUUGUCUUCCAAAAUUGUGCUCGUCUUGACUAAGCCCGUUUUUACCGAGGAUACUCGCAGCCGGUGCAUCAGGAGCGCCCGUAUGCAUUGCAAAAGUAUCGCACUCGUAUAAAUGCAUAAAAUGCAUUACAAAUUUCCCCAGCAUGAAAAAUAAGAUUUGUGAUGCUGAUUUGCUUUGACAAGAUGAUUUGUAAUGCAUGAUUGCAAUACGAGUACGAUACUUUUGCACAGGAUAGCCCGGUUCCAGAGGCGAUCUGCCGCGCCCAGCUCCGUCGCCUCCCCGGUAUGAAUGCGUUUUAGCUCCGACAGGACCUAUCAAAUGCAAAUAUCCCUGGAUGCCUGGAAGAGUCGGGUUUUGUCAUGCACAUUUUGCAUGACCCGUGAGGUCUGUGGUGCAGGUCCUAGCAUAACAGAUUUUUUGAGGGCCUGCUCUUGAUGCUUAUCACGCAUGAGAAAUGUUGCCCUCUCCGCGUGCAAAGAACUGGACUCCUCUUGCUGCUCAUGCAAGAACACAGAUAUUUUUAGAUUCCGCAGAUAGCAUUACAAGUUCCAACAUCCUUCCAGACCUGGUAGACAUAUUUACACUUCUGCAUAGGACCGCGGCAGUGCUGAUUUCAAGCGGACGCUUCGGUCCGAAAACAAGGUGUCCCGGGAGCAUCUGAUCGACGAUCGGCUGGAAUAUCAAACGUAGGAAAUUCCUUAAAGUUAUCUCAAAAGCGAGUAAGAAGAACAAGGCCCCCACAGACACUUCUACAACGAACAACACAUCAGGUGCUCUUCAACGGAUGCCUCGGCUUUGCACAGGAAAUACGUCGCUCU